AUGAAUCAUGUUCAUUCUGAAGUAGAAGCUGAGACAUCAUAUAUGGCUACUUGGAGAAAUAUUUUUAUUGGUACAAGCGCAAUUGAUAGCAAAAAUAAACUUGUUCCUAUAGUAUUCGCAGUUUGCUCUAUCAAAAAUUCAAACAAUUGGUUAUAG